AUGGCUCGCGCAGUAAAGUCGCUCCUCACGCCCGCCCUCUUCAGCGAAAUCCAAGAGUUCUGGUUCCUCAACUCCACCGCCGAGGCACGCGUCAUAUCCCCGCCAGAGAACGUGAAGCGGUGGUUCAUGGGUGGCGAAGCCCUCGACAAGCAAUGCGCCGAGAAAUUCCUACCAACCCUCGAGGCCCUGCGCAAGUCGGGCGCCAGGACGGGCGCCGAGAUUCUCGACGCCGCUGAGCCGACGGAGCCAUGCGGCUGGAUGAGCCUCCUCAUCCUGCUGGACCAGAUGCCGCGGAACUGCUACCGCGGUGCCUCGUCCGCCGUGGCCUUCAACGAAUUCGAUCCGCUGGCGCGACACGUCGCGCGCGCAGCCAUUGAGCGCGGGCUGCCGGACCGCAACCCGCAGAUUCGGUGGCAGUUUGCGUUCCGUAGCUGGUUCUACAUGCCGCUCAUGCACUCGGAGGACUUGGCCGAUCACGAGCAGGCCCUGGCCGGGUUUCGACGGGCGGCGGCAGACGUUGAGUCCUUGGCGGGCGAGCACGAGGCGUCGACGGCGGACGCGUACCACGCGCGAGCGUCAGCGGUGGUCCGGGGGGACGUCGAGGCGGCAACCAAGAUGGCCAGGACGAAUCUAGAGUUUGAGCAGAUGCAUUACGACAUUGUCAAGAAGUUCGGGCGGUAUCCGCACCGCAACGACGCGUUGGCGAGGGAGACGACGGCAGCGGAGAGGGAGUAUCUGGAGAACAGAGGUCACGCGUUUGGCUAG